AGAUGCGGGUCUUAUUUGUUCUCUCCAGCAGGAGGGCGUUCCGCUGAAGAACAUACGAACACACUGUGGUGAAUUAUGCCGGCGUACGUGCGCACUGAUUCAUAUUUAGAUGCUGCCACAGCUUAGCUGUUAUCCCAGGGUCUGUGUUUUUGAACCCCGGGCCUUCCUUGAUGUUAGCCUUCCUGGUGGUAACACUGCCGGGGGAAAGGCGACAGAGGAGGCCAGGCCCGAAGACAUGGAGGCUAGCCGUCCUUGCAGAGGGAGUGAGCUGUAGGACGUGGUGAUUUCUGAGCAGAGUUGGCCCUCCUAGUAUGGACCCCGGCCACAUCGGAGGGGAUAUGUCACCUUUGUAUAUGCCAAGAAAGAGGAAGCCUGUUCACUCACUUUCAAAAAGUGGAGUGCAAUGUCCAGCUGCUGUCCAGCGAAUGCCAGAAAGAGCCUGUGAAGUAAAUACAGUUGGGUACUCAGAGGAGGAUGAGUCCCAAACUGAAGACGGAGUAAAGAUGAAGAGAACUUACAGUAGGAAAAGGUAUGAGGACCUCCAGAGUGUUUCCCUGGGAACAGUAGAUUACUCGACAACCAGCUGUUCUGUGAUGUCAUCAGAUGGCCUGGCCAAUGGGUCAGACCCAGGGUCCAUAGGUCCGCCCACUGCAAGGCUCCCUCCAAGACUGGUCGCGAAGGAUGUUUGGCCUCAAGGCCCAGAAGCUAGCGGGGAGCAGUCCCAGGCUCAUGAUCAGAGCUGGAACUCCAGCAGGGAGCGAGGACCUGACGCCUGGGCUCCAGGCAGAGACCGACCCCAGGACCAGGUGUGGAACUCUGGCAGAGACAGAGGGGGACACUCCAGUCAGGACCAGAUAUGGAUUCCAGGCAGGGACAGAACUCAGUGUGGGCCGGAUCAGUCCUGGAUGACAGGCCGGGAGCGGGGUCCUGAUCAGGGCUGGGCAGCUAGCAGAGAUCAAGGACAGGAUCAGGCCUGGAAUGGAGGCAGAGAUCCAGGAAGGGACCGGGACUCGUCAGGGCCGGAGCAAGGGUGGGGUACUGGCCGAGGCCCAGAUCAAACCUGGAACAACACAAACAGGGAUAGAGGGAACGUGUGGAGACCUGACUUGAACAUGAAAAAGGUCCAGAGGCCAGAGAUGGAGCCAAGCCCCACACCCAAUAACUUCACACAGCCACCAGAGGGCAGAGAAUCCUGUUCAGAUGCUGCCAGUGCUGGUCAGGCCUCAACAGCUCAGCUGAACGAAGACCAGAAACCUUCAAUCCUGCCGGCUAAGAAGGAACCUCCUACUUAUCCUCCAGGAAGCCAAGAGGAACGCUGGCAGCUCCAGAUCGUUGCCAAAGGAAGAGUCACCUGUCCAAAGUGUAAAAGUGUGAGCAGGAAGACUGUGGAGGGGCUGAAGAAACACAUGGAGAACUGCCGACUGCAACCUUUUACCUGCCAACACUGUGGGAAACAGCUCAAGUCUUCAACUGGGAUGAAGUAUCACAUCAUGGCUGACCACAGCCACUUGCCUUCAGCUGAUGAUACCAAGGACCUGGAUGAUCGUGCUAUAAAAGACAAGCUACGUAAAAUCCUGAAGAGACUGGGCAAAUUAAAAUGUUCCAAAGAGGGUUGUAACGCUGCAUUUACCAGCAUCAUGGGCUACGUGUAUCACAUGAAAAAGUGUGGAAAGGAGGAGUCCGAGCUGGAGAAAAUGCUGCUGAACUGCUCUCACUGUGGGAAGACGUAUAAAUCCAAGGCUGGUCUGGAGUAUCACCUGAAAUCAGAGCAUGCUCCUACCCCACAGAAGACUGAGGAAGAUGAGGCACUGAAGGCUCAGAGGGAGGCUAAUCCAGAGAGGACGCCCAGCGGCAGGGUGCAGAGAGCCUCAGCCCAGGUGGCCAACUUCCACCUGGCUGAGAUUGCCAACAAUGAACUGCCCAAAGACUGGCCCAAGAGGAAGUUUCAGUCCGACCUGGUACCAGAUGACAAGAAGUUGAAAUAUGCCCGACCCGGCCUCCCUGCCUUCAGCCAGGAGGUGCUGAGGAAGUGGAAGAAUGAGGUGAAGCUGCAGAGGAAAGUCCAGUGCCCCAACCAGGGUUGCGGUUGCACUUACACGAGUGUGUCUGGACUCAAAGCUCAUCUGGGACUCUGCACGAGGGGCGACUUUGAGGCCGGUAAAUACAGAUGUCUGAUCUGCAAUAAAGAGUUUAACUCUGAAAGUGGAGUGAAAUACCACAUCAACUCUGUCCAUUCACAGGAUUGGUUUGUGACGAACAAAAAAGCCUCCAAGAAGUUUGAGAAGUUCCUUAAAAACCAGCCCAAAGAGGUCGUCCGUAAUGUGGAUAAGCAGACUGUUGAUCAGUACCACCAUCAUCACCUGCAGCAUCAUCCUCAUCAUCAUCAGCAGCAGCACCAUCAACAACACUCACAUCACCACCAUCAUCAGCAGCAGCAGCACCACCAGCUCCAGCACCAGCCUCUGCAGCACCCACUUCAGCCGCUUCAUCACCUCCAACACCAAACUCAGUACCUCCAUCCAGAGAGGCAGAACCUUCCUCCACAAGUGGACCCCCAGCCCCAACAGCCGAUGCUCCAGUACACCAGUUUGGAGCCUCCUCCGGGGCCAGUGUGGGUCGAUAUGGACCACAGAGGAGCCGUGCUGGGGCCGGAGCAGGCCCCGAUCGAAAUGGAAAUGGCUGACAAACCUGAGGAGGACAGUGGUGGGAUGGUGAAGGAUACAAGGAGAGGGAAGGAGGAAAAAGGAGUAGAUGUAGGGGAGAGGGGGAAGGCUGAUAGGAAGCAGAAGGAUUGCUUCACUUUCGACGGUAGCAGCAGAGGCGGAGGUUGUGGGCGCAGCAGCAGCAGUAGCAGUAGCAGCAGCAAUACCGGCAGCUCAUCGAGCGAAUCGGAGGUCGAGCAGCAGGAGCGGCAGAGACAGAUUGACCAGUGGAGCCUGAAACGACCGGGCAUCAUGGGCCUCUCGCUGAGGCUGGAAAGCGACAGAGAAACAUUUAAAAAGACCUAA